UUGUCCUUCUGACUGCUCCUCUGGCCUCUGUCUCCUCAGCCCUCUGUAUUUUAAUCUUACAGCAGUGAACCACCAUUACUCAGGAUGGACUCCAGACCCCCCAACCUGCUGCUGCUUCUCAACAGCCUCCUACAAUUCUUUCAAUGUGCCAGUGGACAGUCAUUAUACAUUAUAGAUACCGUUGGCCUUACAAUCCUACCCAGCAGCACAGUUCAAAGUGGAGCACUGGUGAACAUACGCUGCCGGGUCAGCGUCAGUCACGACAACACCCCUCACCUGACGCAUACUUUCCAGCUCACACGGGACGAGGUUCUCAUCCACUCCUCUACCACUGCAGAAGACUCAGUCCUGUAUGAACUCAGCCCAGCCAGGGCAGCUGACUCUGGAAGUUAUGAAUGUCGGGUCACAGUCAAGGACAAGAGCAAAGCCAGCUUGAGCCAAAAACUUGACGUCACAGGCCUGCAGACCCCUAUUCUGUAUUUGAGUAAGACCAAACCCUAUCAGAAUGAGGAGUUCAAAGCCACCUGCAGUGCUCCGGAGGAGAAAGGAUCUCUCAUCUUCCGGUUUUACCAGAGAUUUAGGGCUGGAGAUUCUGAGAAGAUAAAGCAGCCAGCGCCCACUGGGAACUCAUCAGAGACUACACUGGUCCUAAGGCACAUCGGAGACAUCUUCCUGUACUGUGACUACGAGAUCAAUUUGGUUUCUGGGACCAGGCACUCCAACCACAGCAAUGAGAUUGAAGUCAUAGUUAAAGAACUCCACAUUACCCCGGUCAUGAAUGUGCUGCCAUUCUCAAACAUCUUUGAGGGAGACAUAGUCGAGGUGGUCUGUAAAGUAGUGAAUCCACCGAAGAACAUUUAUGUAUUCCUGACGAGGGACAGGAGGAUCCUCAAGCAAGCCUCGGCCAGCCUCAGUUAUCAAUUCACUGCAAAAGAAGGCGACUCUGGGAAGCUUGUGUGCAAGGCAGAGUGGGGCACUGUGCAGAAAGAAACCUAUCAUGCAAUCACAGUCAAAGAGCUGUUUUCAAGGCCACACCUGACUGUUGAGCACAUACCCAUAUUUCUGGGUGAACACUUCAAACUGACCUGCUCUGUCAAGAUUUAUGUUCCUGAGAGGAUCAACAAUGACACCAUGCAUUUUUCCAUCUACAAAGAUAACAUCAAACUUACCAGCGAAGAGACAUACGUCGCUGUGGCAGACUCUCAUAAUAAUGGCAACUACACCUGUAAAGUUGAGACUGCUUCUGUUGCAGGCAGUUUUGUAAAAGAAAGCCAAACCAUUGUUGUAAAAGCAAAAGUUCCUGUUUCAAAACCCAAGCUGAGUGUGGUGGGGGGUACGCUGGUGUUGGGAAAGCACUUCCAGUUGCUGUGUUACAGUGACAAUGGCACUCUGCCCAUCACCUACAACCUACACGGGCCUGACAAGAAGAUUCAGCAAAGGGUGGUGAGCAAGCCGGGGGAACACGCCAUCUUUAACUCUUCAGCCAUCUACAAGAUUGCAGACUUAAACAACUUUAUUUGCCACGUGACAAACAGUCAACAGAGGGCUCCCAUGGUAGCAACAGGGGACCAGAUGCUGCGUUCAACAAAAAUCAUAGAGCCUGUGUCAAUACCAGUGUUGACCUUGCAGCCCAGCUCGAAUGACAUCUCUGAGGGGCAGGGCGUCACUCUCGUCUGCUCUGUUCAGAGAGGCACUCUCCCCAUCAGCUUCACCUGGUACCACACUGAGGGAGAGGGCCCUCUCGAGUCCAAGACCCCCAAUACACUGGAAGGAGCCUACAGGAUCAUCAGUGUCAGACAAAAGGACCAAGGGGGAUACUACUGUGUGAGCACCAACCCAGCCAACGAAACCCAACAAAGUCCCACUGUCAUGAUUGGAGUGAAGAUGGCUGGUUGGAAGAAAGGUCUUCUCGCAAUCAUUUGCAUCCUGCUCAUACUGGCAUUGAUCCUUGUUGUCACCUUUAAAAGACGUCUCCUUCGAUUCAAGAGGAAAAGAACUGCCGAUCUGUCAGUGAAGUCAGCCAGCACCAAAACAGAGAGGUUGAGCCUCACCCAGGCAGAGUUUAAUGAGGCCGCCAAUGUCACUCCAGGCAUGAUGGGAAAGAGUAUUUGGAGUGAACAUGUAUCAGGCUCUGAGUCUGAUGACCAGAAUAGUGUGAUCUCUCCAGAAAAGCCAGAGCCUCAAUACACUGAGGUGCAGACCAGACAGCCAGAUCCUAACAGAGCUCCGGUGAAAAAGGGCACAGACACGGUGUACAGCGAAGUGCGGAACUCCAAGCAAGGUGUCCCAGAGCAGGCUGAUGGCCAGGGAUCAGUGGAGUAUGCACAGCUGAAUCAUGAGACAGAUCAUCACAUUGUUCAGGAAGACCAUGGUGACCAUGAUGUCCAGGAUGACCACACAGGCAACAGUGUUGACAGCACCACUGCUGACCAUGGGGAAUGAAAACAUGACCUAAUGCCGGACUGUUAAUAAUCCAAUAAGAAUAUUUAUUCCCUUAUUUAUCUGGCUCGUUAAUGCAGCUGGAGUCUUGUGCACUGAAAGACCUUAAACAGCCCUAAGCAAAUGUACUUUUUGUAUUUUUAUAGCGCUUUACAAGGGAGAUUCCACACUGUAAAUUCACUUGUUUUGCCUUUGACAGGGCAAAUAAAUUGUUUUUGUUAAGUGGAAAGCUUCUCUUUCCUUCUCCUGGUUGUUUUCCUGCCAAGACACAGAGAGAGGAUGUGUAUGGUGUUCCCAAAGGAAAAGACAUUCAGGUCUGUAUCCUUCCACUGGUGGCAGCAGUGACAGAAUAGGAAGAGAGGUCUUUCAAGUGAGCAGAGCAGUAAUGUUACUUCUUUAGUGAUAAGGUUUAUGAGUACCUUCAUCAGCCCCCUCUGCUGUGUGAAAGUUUCUGUUUAAACCACUAGAGGACAGACUUCAGGCAGAAGCCGCAUGGAAACGUAGUGCCAUCUGGCUGUGAUCUCUCUCACUGUGAGAAGGUCUUUCACUGUGUAUUCAGGAGAUAUCAGUUUCAUUUUCCAUUAUCUAAGCUUUAAUUGAAUAAUGCAGCUUGAACUCAUUCAAGGUCUCCAUACACUAUGUUUAUCAGACUGUGGAUUCUGAUUAUAGCAUGGCUGAGUGCAGCAGAGGAGGAUAUAGUAUAUUAAUAACUGGCAUGAACUUUAAGUGACACUUACUAUCCAGGAAGCUUUUAGCUCAGAACAUAAUGUAACAACUUAGCCUGCAUGUUGGAAUAAUAUGUUAACGUGAGUCCGAUAGGACUGCAACUACCAAUUAUUUUUGUUGGGUUAACUGUUGAUUACUUUUUUGGAUUAAAUGAAUAAUUUAGGCUGUCAAAAAGCCCAGGUUGACUUCUUUAAACUGAUUUGUCCAACCAACAGUACAAACCCAGACACAUUCAAUUAGCAUGAUAUGAAAUAUAGGAAAGCACCAAAGUCUCACAUUUGAGAAGCUGGUACCAGUUAAUGUUUUGUUUUUAAUGCUUUAAAAAUGACUUAAAGCAUGAAUUUUUGAUUAGCAUUUACUAACAGAUAGAUUAACUGACUAACCACAUCUUAUCGUAAAUACAAAUUUGAGCCAACUAAACUGCAGUACCAAGUUAUACCAUAACGGUCACUUCAUUGCAGUGAAUGCAAAGCAUGAAAAUUAUCUUAUUUCAUGUCUAAUUUUAGUAUUUUAAUUCAAUUUUUAAAUAAUUAUGAGUAAUAAUAUAUGGUGUCUUUACAAAACAAGUAUUCUUGUACAUAAUGGAUAGCCAUUGUUUAUGAUAUUGUAUUAAUAUAUAUAUUUUGAAGAGAUCUACAGUGUACUACCAUUAUGUUAAACUAACCUCUGUACAUAUACAGCAUUACUACUAAAACUUCAGAAAUGUGGGCAUAUUCUAGCAGCUUUGGAGUCUCAGAGGCUGACCAUAUAAUCGCAAGGGCUCAAGUUCGAGACCAGUCUGAGGGGCGUUGUUGCAUGUCAUCGCUACGCUGUCUGAUAGCCAAAUAAAUGGGAAAAUGCCCCAAAAAUACUGUGAGGAAAUGUUCUCUUUGUGAUGUGCCAUGUCAAAAAAAGGCCUAUUAGCCACACAUGACUAGGCAGAUGAAUAAAGUGUUCUACUGUAACUGUAUAUUGCUGUUGUGACAUAAAACCUAUUUAUUUCCA